AUGGCCUCGCUCAACACGUCGACCAACGGGCCCAACAUCACCCGCAGCUACCAGAACGUCGUCAACACCCCGCCGCCGUCGGGCUCGCAGGCCCAGUCGCCCACCUACGGGCAAUGGGCCGUCUUCGCCGUCACCGCCCCGCUCGUCAGCGCCUUCCAGCACGACGGCGGCAAGGAGAGCGUGCUGAAGGUCCAGAGCACCGGAGAGGGAGAGCUGCUCGACCUGAUCGACGAGUUCUCCGACGGCCGCAUCCAGUUCGCCUUUGUCAAGGUCAAGGACCCCAACUCGUCGCUGCCUAAGAACGUGCUGAUUGCCUGGGUACGAAUGGUCCAUGCUCUCUGCGCGCCUCUGCUGACCAAGACCAGUGCGGCGAAGGCGUGCCCGAGCGCACCAAGGGCUACUUUGGCAGCCACCCUCGGCGUUGUCUCCAAGCUGCUCCACGGCUACCACGUCCAGGUCACCGCCCGCUCCGACGCAGACCUCACCCCCGAGCGCAUCAUCCAGAAGGUGUCGGAUGCCUCCGGCGCCAAGUACUCCGGCGGCGCCAACAUCCCCUCGUCGAGCGGGCCGCCGCCUCCUCCGCCUUCAAACCCGCUCGGCCGCGCACGAGCCCCUGCGCCGCGGGGCGACGAGGACGCUGAUGGCUGGGGCGCCGAUGCGCCAGAGGUCACGCGCUCGCAGCUCGAGAAGGUCGGCACCGCCUACAAGCCUACAAAGGUCAACAUGGCCGAGCUGUCCAAGGGCAGGGACGACACCACCCGCUCGCAGAAACGACCGCCCAGAAGUCGUCAGGGGCGCCUAUCAGCCAUUGGCAAGGUCGACAUCGCCGCCAUCAGGGCCCAGGCGAAGGAGCAGAAGGACGACCGGCCCACCGUGGUCAAGGGCGCAUACGAGCCAAUCGGAAAGGUCGACAUUGCCGCUAUCCGUGCAAAGGCCGCCGGUGCGCCCGGCCCCAAGUCGCUGGCCGAGCGCUCCGCCGCCUUCGGCAACCAGCCCGAGCGUCUCACCAGCCUGCCCAAGCCCAAGGUCGCCAACAAGUUCGCAGGCGCGAGCGCCUUCACCGGCACCAAGGCCCCUGCUCCCGGCGGCUUCACCGCCCCGAAGCCGGCCACCUCCGCGCCAGUUGGCACUGCGAGCAAGACCUUUGCAGACGAGGGGGGCAAGACCCCGGCUCAGAUAUGGGCAGAGAAGAAGGCCGCCCGUGGCGAGUCGGUCAACGCACCCGCUGCGCCCAUCGAGGCCCAGCAGAGCGGCGGCGGCGGCUGGAAGAGCGGCUACACGGGCAAGUCCUGGGCGGCUGUCCAGACCACCCGCACCGGCCAGUCGGCCAGCAACCUCAGCGAACAGCGGACCGGCGAUGCCCCAGAACAGGAGGAGCCCUCUUCGCCGCCCGCUGGUGUUGGCUCGCUCAAGGACCGUUUUGCUGGCGGCGCGCCUAUGGGAGCUCCCGCCCUGGACAACUCGAGCAAGCCGAACGCUGGUCGCGGUGUCCCCAUGCCCGGUCUGCCCAGCCGUCCCAAGGAACCCGAGUCUGAUGACGACGACGUGCCGGCAACGCAAACCCAGCGCCUCCCGUCGCCGCCUCGUCAGCCACGCAGCCCGUCUCCCGAGCCUUCAGGCUCUCCCGUACGCAUUGCUAUGCCUGUAGCACGCGGAAGGGAGCCCGAGCUCUCGCCGGCCGAGGAGCAGCCUCCUGCGAUGCCCAACCGCUCGCUUGCACAGGCCGCCUCGCAGGCCCGCGACCUCUCGCCCGAGCCCCGAGUCGAGGCAAAGGACCCUGCGCGCAGUGCUGGCGUCGCUGUUGCAGCCGGCACUUUCGGCGCUGCAGCAGUGGUCGGCGCUGCCGCUGGCGCUGCUCUCGCUCACGACGACGACGACGACACGGGCGCUGGUGCUGGAGCUGGCGGCUCUGGCAAGCGCGCCGUCAUCGUCUACGACUACGAGCGCGCCGAAGACAACGAGGUCGAGCUCCGCGAGGGCGACCACGUGACCGACAUCGACAUGGUCGACGACGAUUGGUGGAUGGGCACCAACGCCCAGGGCGAGCGCGGCCUGUUCCCCGCCAACUACGUUGAGCUCGUCGAGGGCGACGACGACGCUGCCGCACCCCCUCCCCUGCCCUCGCACCCCUCUGCGCCCCAGGACCCUGAGCCCGCUCCCGCCGCUCCCGCCGCCGCUCCCGCCGCUGCAGGCCCCACCGCGACCGCCGUCUACGACUACGAAGCCGCCGAAGACAACGAGCUCAGCUUCCCCGAGGGCGCAACCAUCACAGGCGUCGAAUUCCCCGACGAGGACUGGUGGCUCGGCAACUACAACGGCGCGUCUGGCCUGUUCCCUGCCAACUAUGUCCAGCUCGACGAGUAGAGCGGUUGUCCAUGCAGGGUCCGCGGAGGAUCCCUGGUACGGAGGUAGAAAGAAAGGAAGAAGAAAAAUCGGAACCGCUGUUUGCGAGAUGCAGCGAGCGCUGCUGGUUCCUGUUGGUGGAGGGGUAUUCAGGUACUAAGUAUUGAGAUAUUGGACCCUCCCUGCAUAUAUCGAGUUAUAAGCGUCUCUGAUUCUGUUUUUCUCGCCGUCUCCACACGGUCUCAGUCCUGCAUCCUUUCACUCAAGUUCC